ACGGCAUUAAAAUAAUUUAAGAGUGUCCGCGGUUGCCUUGUGCUACUGUUCUGUGAAAGAGGAGAAAUAUGGAAAGUAUGCAGUGUUUCACUUAGUUUUGAUGAUGCUAUUGGUUGAGUUAAUUCAGUGCCCAGGUUGCUAUAAGGAAGGCAUCUUAAUCGGUUGGGUUAGCCUGUGUAAGUUUUAGAUUUCAGUUAUUAGGGAGAUUAAAAUGCAUUACUGAAACAUUGCAUACACUGCUCAGUGUGUCCAGAUGCCCGUAAUGUUGAAGACGCUAUGUGCAAAUUGCUGUUUACAUCUGCUUUUAUGACAGAGAAUUUGGGUUGCUGUCCUCCAAUAUAGAAUAACUGAAAGAGAGUGGCCGAGAUUAUCACUCAAAUUCUGUAUACUUCACAAAGAACUGUCACGAUGGGAAAUAGCGCAUUGAAAGCCCACCUGGAGACAGCACAGAAAACUGGUGUGUUUCAGCUAACCGGAAAGGGACUUACAGAGUUUCCUGAAGAUCUGCAGAAGCUAACAAGCAACCUAAGGACAAUAGACUUGUCAAACAAUAAAAUGGAGAUCUUACCGCCACUGAUAGGAAAGUUUUCCUUUCUGAAGAGCCUUGUUCUAAACAACAACAAACUGACUGCUUUACCUGAAGAGCUGUGUAAAUUGAAAAAACUGGAAACGCUGCACUUGAAUGGCAAUCACUUGAGGCAGCUACCAGCUGCAUUUGGACAACUUUCAGCUCUUAAAACCCUGAGCCUUUCUGGAAACCAGCUCCGGACUGUACCUACACAACUGUGUGGUCUUCGCCACUUGGAUGUGGUAGAUCUUUCCAAAAACCAGAUCCAAAGCGUGCCUGACACUGUGGGAGAAUUGCAGGCUAUUGAACUCAAUUUGAAUCAGAACCAGAUAUCCCAGAUCUCAGUGCAGAUCUCCCACUGUCCACGCCUCAAAGUCUUGCGUUUAGAAGAAAACUGUCUAGAACUCAGCAUGCUUCCUCGGAGUAUCCUCAGUGAUUCCCAGAUCUCACUGCUUGCAGUAGAAGGCAACCUCUUUGAAAUCAAGAAACUCAGAGAACUGGAAGGUUAUGACAAGUACAUGGAGCGGUUUACAGCUACAAAGAAGAAGUUUGCAUGAUCAUUUUUCUGACCCUGUGUAUUACUGGAAAGAAGAGUUAGUGACUGAAGCACCUGCUGCAGUGACUUAAACCAAGACCAAUUAAGGAGGUUGAUCAUACUGUCCUCUCUAGUAGUCUGAUACAGUCUGCUAAGCUAAGGCAACAUCAAAUAAACUUGAAGUAGAGAACAGGGGUAUUGAACUGAUGAACCCGCCAGCAGCUGGUUUAAGAUUCCUUGCCCUCAUAGCUUUUAACACACUACUUAUUCUCCUUUGUCAGGGCCCUUUCUUCGACAGAAAAGAGAAUGAGUGUUUUGAAGUUGCCAGUUCCUCUUUGUGAGGAAGCUUACUGCUUUAUAAUAGGAUUACUUCUGGAAACGUUUUUCUAUGUUAGCACACUGAAGUCUGCUACCAAAGCAGAUCCAAAACAUCAUCAUUUGUCUUGCUGUCAGCACACUACAGAGAAGAGCUUUCAAAGAUGUUAUAGUUCUUAACCUGUGUAAGUUUGUUAUGGCUGUUUUAUUAACUGCUUCUAGUAAACAGAUCAUGUUUUGAGCAUUUAUCUUUAUUCACACUGUACUUCACAGGCUUUCUUUUCCCAUAAGCAACAAUUGCACUACAUUCCCCUUCUGCCUGAGCUGUAUCUAAUAAAAAAAAAUGAGGUUUCAUAUUCACUGUAUUUUAUAAAAAUGUAUUUUGCUGGAAAAGAUAAUAUCCUUGCACUGAGUCUGUGUACACAGCUAUGUUGAAGGUCUUAAUCAUCACCUUAUUGCUGCUACCUUAUUACUAAAAGCACCCAGCAAGAGCUAAAGUGUAUGCAAUUAUGUUACAAGUACUGAAAAGGAAAAUGUAUUAGUCCAUUUUAGUAAAGCUUUUUGAAAGUGUUUACAGUUAUUUGGUGCAACUGCUGCUGUUGUCACUUAACAAGUAGUACUAAGUUAUCAUUGUUGAAGCCAUUGCUUUAGAUGCUUUGUUCCAUCAGUUGCUGGUAGCAACUUUUUUGACAAUGCAUAGUGGUAUGUCAGCCUUGUAGCAAUUCAGUUAGUAUGUACUGCACGCUCAGAACAGUAUGAAGUGGAGCUGUACUAAGUGCCUUUCUUGGUAAGAUAAGAACGGAUGCAUCUCUGAGGCUACUUACAGGUAAUUUUACGUAUUACUGUUCUAGACCUAUGCUUUCCUACAUGAGGCAGGAAAGACAUUUAGGCAAUGAACUUAAAAUUACUGGAUUUACAGUUAUAAAAAAAAGUGAGGUGGCCACUGUACUACCUAUCUAAAUUCUCAACAUAAGCAAUUGUUCUUUUAUAGUAUGCUUAGAAGGGUUAUCUAGUUUCCUGUCCCUGUUGAUUUAACUUAAUUCUUACAUAAUAAUACUUCUUGCAAAGUAGUGCUUUAAGGGACAUCAGCUCCUUACACAAAGGUUGAAUGUGAUCUGUCGUUAAAUGGGAAACUAGUUUUACCUAAGAACCCCUGUUCCAGGUGUACCUCAUAGAAAACAAAAAAUGCUAGUUUCCUGUAAGGAGUAGCUGUCAGCAGGAUAAUGUCUUUCCUAGCUACUUUGUUUUGCAAGACAACUAGGGAAAUAUUUUAAGAAGAUAACCGGAAUGUCACCAUCACUGCAAGGCCCUGCACAGCCACUAAAAUCUGCUCAGCUUUAUACUGGUGUACUCCACAGGUUAUGACAUGUAGAAAUGUGUCAGUGACUAGGUUAAGGCCCCAGACUUAUUUUAGGCUCAGUUUAUUCCACUUGACACCUAAAUCGUGUUUGAAAUAUUUUUUCCUACAGAUUUGCCAUGCAUACAGGGCUUUGUUCUGUGAAUGCUGUCUUAUUUAGCAUAUUUCCCACUUGCACCAAAAGGGAACAACUCACCAACUCAGACAAGUACAGAGAGGGGUCUAUAGUCAAUAUGUAUGCAGUCUGCAGUACUGUUGUGGUCUUUUUUACUAGAAAUCUCUGUGCUCAGACAUACUUUUUCCCUUCAAGUUUCUCUGACAGCUGUUUUAUCAGGAGUCCUUCAUCUAUUCAACAUAAAUACAUAACCAAGAAAAGAUGGUACAAUAGGUUAAGGGAAGAUCAGCAAUGGAAGAGUUGAAAAAUGAUUUCGUUCACAUUGCUAUUAAAGGAAAAAGAGUACCUCUGCUUUUGAAAGCAUUUAAGAUAGUAAGUCAGCAUCUCUCAUUUAUGUAGUCACUAGUAAAUUUAAGAAACCUUUCAGUUACUAAUUGCUAGGCUCCUUCACUACCUUGCAGUUAAAACGGCUACCAAAAAUGCUGGAAAGCAAGAGAAAAUACUAUGCAAGAUACUGAAUGGCUCUGAGUUAGUCCUGGAUUAUCCAAAUUUAUUUCAGAGCAGACUGGCUUAGUCUCACACCUUUUUGGUUACAGGAGCCAGUAGCUAUGUACAAGUCCAUCCAGCAGAACGCUAUUCUGCACAUUUCUACAUUGCAAUUAGUCUAUUAGUAUAGGAGAGAAGUUUCUCAGUUUUCCUUCCUCCCAACACACUGGGCUUGGCUCACUACAGCUGAUGACAGUGUAAAGCAGUUUUAUUUCCAUGCCAAAUUAUACUUGGAACUUUUAGUUUGGGAGUUACUGAUGUAGAAAAUGUUACCCUAAUUAUUAUAAUCCAUUCAUUUCAGACCUAUUUCACUUACUCCAACUCUCCAUUGCUUUAGGAUGCACUUCUCAUUCUUUUUUUCAGUUAACAGUUAGAUGGUGCACUGCUGCUUCAAGUGCAAAGGUGAACGGCAACUGCAAGUCACUGCAUCAUGUAAAUAGCAAACAGCAUCACAAUACAGCCUCCAGAGAAAAGCAUUCACACCAAAUAUUGUGCAAGUUACUGCACAACCAUGUGUGCUACAGUUAAUACUAUAGCUACUUCUGUGUUAAGGGGCUUAGCCUGUUUUUCAAGAGUAAGUUAGCUUCGACUUACCAACUAUUACCAGUGUAAGCAUGCCCGUGGGAUUAUGUACUGCAUGCUCAAACUAAUCAAGUACUCAUGCUGUCCCUAAUUCUUUCCUAGUUAUUAGUAGGAACAGACUAGGCUGCCACACAGUAGCAUAAGUGCUUCUUCCAAGUCAUUCCUAGAUUUUGUUGUUCAAACAGGUGCAAGUCAAUGCUCCAGUCUCUGCCUCCCUCCACUCCUCACCCUGAGAGCGUUCUUGGAAUCCAGUACUUUAGUAUCUGAGAAAAUACGAUUCUAAAUUGCUUUGCAAAUGAAACUGCAUUAAAAAUCACUAGACUUCACCUACUGCUAGGCAUCCCGUUAUCAAUACCUGACUGGAAAGUUUAAGCAACUUUGCUUAGUUCAUUUUCCUUUAUCAUCCUGAAGUGUAGUCCCAUGUCUUACCACAGUUUUUCAAAAAGAACACAUCUGAUAGCCUGAAAUUAGGUGAUGGUGUUGAUUAUGUAAGGAUGAAAACUUAAGAGUAUAAAAAAAAGGGGAGGAGAGAGAUCAGAAGAUUCCUCUUCUCCCAGCCCCAUCCCUUCAUUUGUUAUCAUCAGGAUUUCUGUGAAAGAUAAAAAUAGAAGGGAAACUUCCUAGUUGCAUAGUAGCAAUUAGUUCUGCCAAGUUUUUCAAGGACAGGAAACGGAACAAAGAAUUUUAACUAAGAGAAAACAGUUCUAAGACAGAUUCAAUAAAAGUCUGUAUUUUGUUGUGCACAAUAGAUAAACAAUCAAAAGCAGAAACUGUAAACCUUCAUUCUUAAUAGCAUUCAGAAUGAUACUUAAAGAUGCACAAGUGUUGAUUCUGUCCAGGAGAUACGGAAUUUAAGCAUCUAUUCUACAGACAACAGUAAGACAAUCCAAGAAGCACUCUGUUGUUCUAGAACAUUAAGGCACCAACUCCCUCAGAGGUUCAGCUCUUGCUACAUCAGAAAAUAGUAUUUAUGUUCAGUGAAUACUCAAGCUUAGAGUCUCCAAUUACUUCUGUGAGAUAUCCAUAUUGCAAUAUUAAGAUUCUGUAUACCAGUCAUGGCAUUCCCUUAGCCAAUGCACUCAUUUGUGGUUAUUGCUCAGGGAAGUCAAGAAAACAGACUUGUAGUAGCAAGGGAGAAAAACAUUUCAAGGUGUUUCCGGAAGCUAAAGAGCAAGUCUGCAUUGUUCUAAGUAGAAUAAGGUAACUGCUUUAGUCUUCUGUUCCAGGAGACAAUCACAAUUAAAUACAUAUGCUUUGCUUUCACAAUCAGCAGCAUUCUUCCACUUAACCUGAAGUCUGUAAGGAGGAAAAAGUUGCAUUCAAAUCCCCUAUGCUUCACCAUACAGGAGGUUUUUAGAAGUGUAUUAUGCAAUGUUGUUUUAAGCUCUUUUAGCUACCUCUGUGUUUAAGCAUAUAGCCUUCAUUACUAAUAAGGGUAGAUAACCCAUUUAAAAUUCAUUAAUUUUCCAACAAUUACUGGAAGAUAGAAGCCAAGAGGUGUUUCUCAAGUAUCCAGCCCCCUAAAAUUGACUUCAUUUACCGUAUUCGCAACAGUCAUUCUACCACUGGCCUAUUCAUUACACAGAGCAGUUCCAUCCUUCGGUCAGGAUUUUUUUUUUUUUUUUUU